AUGUUUUCGCAAGCUCUACUCGUCUCUCCUCUCACAAUAGCUAUCUCGGCACUAGCUUUUGGGGUACUACAGAUCUCUGCAGAAGGCCAGCCCGUCAUUUUCGUGAGUGUGCUACUCAGUCAAUUCGCUGCUCACGCUGCUGAGCUUUGCAUCGUUAUGUGGUGCAGCGUCUGUCGGAGAGACUAGAUGUCCCAUCGCAGGAAUUCGAGCACCAGCGACUUCUUUCCAGAAGAGGGUUGCUCGGUCAAGCCGAGGCAGCCCUGGAGCACGCACAGGCAAGCCGGUCACAAUGGAACGCAGACGUCGUGCAAGCUACAAGGCCGACCGCUCGUCGGGGUGCAUUCUUGCAUCCUGUGACGGUUUUCCGCGGUGCGAACGUCUGGCCGGAACGACUUCUAAAUCACUCGCCCCACGACUCGGCCUUCCGCUCGCCGCAGAGCGUGCUGGAUCGGUCUGGUAGUGCAAGUAAGUGAUGAUACAGGCCAUCUUGUUUGAGCGCGAUCCAGCCUUUUGAUCAGUGAGCUUAUUUGCAUUUCCCCAGUCCCCACGAAUCAAGCUGUCAAGUCUGAAGCUAUCGAGAGCGCGCAAUUGACUCGACCCCAGGUGUCUAGGCCAUCGAGUCCUUCGCAAGCGGGCCUUCAUAGGGUUAAACCCACGUCCGACGAAGUUCCCCCAGCAGAAUCUGUCGAGCUCCCUCGCCAAAUCAAAAAGGCCAAAUUGUCUAGUAUGAUCAAAAGCGAACCUUCGACGGCGGAGGACACACCGCAUAUCACCCCUGAAGGGCGUGACCGGCUUAGCACUCCACUCACCGGCGCUUCGGCCUCAUCGAUCCAAGCACCGCGCUACCGCGCGCUGCCAUACGCGCACCGACUUUCAGCACUUACGGGUGGCAGUCCGGCGGUGCUCCCUGGCACACCGCCUCUGCAGGCUUCGGAAAAUUUCCAAGUCAAAUACAUCGAAGCGAUUCGCCAAGCUCAGCGCAAAUACGUGGAAUCUCUUGAGCAGGCUGUCAAAGCGGAACCCAAGAGAAAGGAGCCGGCGAAGAAAGAAAGGGCGGUCGUGCCGAAGCCGAAGCCGAGACGAGGGGCACCGCUCAAGUACCCCGACAGAGCACUAUGGGAAUUGAGUCGACCUGAGGCGAGCGGCACAUCAGGUCGAACUAAGAGCAAACCGCCGGGCGGUACGAGUCGUACUCAAAAUGAUCUCGAUGACGCGAGUGCCAAUGGUAGGCCGCUUCGCGGCAGCUUGGCUAGUAUCGCAACGCAAGAUCGCAAGAGACAAACGCUUGAGCUGUUCCCUCAAGGCGGCAGCGUAAGGGAAAGCGGAAGCUCCUCAAGACGACAGCCGGCCUCGUUGGAGCUUCUCGGUGCACGACCUCAUCGAGGUCUCUCGUCGGAACCAGCGACCGAGGGACCUGAGAAGGGAGGAGAGAAGCUGUCGUUGGAGCUGACACUAGGCCGACCGUCUUGA